AUGCGGGCAAUGAUGGCCACAUCGUCAAUCGUUGCAUCUCCACGACCGUCCCCAUGGGGGGAAGGGGACCGGGGGUCCCGUGCUGGCCAUAGGGCCGUUCCCCAUGGGGGGAAGGGGACCGAGGGUCCCGUGCUGGCCAUAGGGCCUUUCGCAACUGAGAUCGGCAUUGGGUUGACUGCGUUUGGCGUGCUCUUCUCGUUUCUCGGAGUCAUUUUCUUCUUUGAUAAAGGGCUGCUAGCCAUGGGAAAUAUCUUGUUUCUUGCGGGUGUGACGCUCACGAUAGGCCUGCAAUCCACCAUCUCCUUUUUCACCAGGCGGAGAAACAGAAAGGGCUCAGCUUUUUUCCUCUCCGGGUUGGUCCUUGUUGUGAUUGGCUGGACAAUCGUUGGCAUGGCAAUCCAAGCAUAUGGCUUCGUUCUACUCUUCAGCGGCUUUCUUCCCACUCUUCUCGUUUUUGUGCAACGGAUUCCCGUGCUCGGAUGGCUGCUGGAUCAACCGUACAUGCGCCAGUUCUUGGGAAGAUUCAGGGAUCAUUUGCCUCCAUAG